CCUUGAGUUCAGUUGGCUUUCGUCUGUAGUGCUUGGUGAACGUCUCCGUCUGGUUGUGGUACUGCCUUCUUCUUUUGCUCUCUCCCUCCCAUCGUCGACGUCGUCCGGGAUAACUUAUUUUUUUCCAACAAACUCUCUAUUUUCAUCCAACAAUAUCCACAAUGGCUGACCAAUUGACAGAAGAACAGAUUGCUGAGUUCAAGGAAGCCUUCUCCCUCUUCGACAAGGAUGGUGACGGCACUAUCACUACCAAGGAGUUGGGUACUGUCAUGAGGUCGCUUGGACAGAACCCCACUGAAGCUGAACUCCAGGACAUGAUCAACGAAGUUGAUGCUGAUGGUAACGGAACGAUCGACUUUCCCGAGUUUCUGACAAUGAUGGCUCGCAAAAUGAAGGAUACCGACAGCGAGGAGGAAAUCCGAGAGGCCUUCCGCGUCUUUGACAAGGACGGCAACGGUUUCAUUUCGGCUGCCGAGCUUCGGCACGUCAUGACCAAUCUCGGUGAGAAGUUGACUGAUGAAGAGGUCGAUGAAAUGAUCCGCGAAGCCGACAUCGAUGGCGAUGGCCAAGUCAACUAUGAAGAAUUCGUGACCAUGAUGACCUCGAAAUGAAUGAAUCCUGCGGUGUGGUGCCCCUUCCCCAGUGAGCCGUGUGCAGCGUGGACGUGGUUGUGUUUAUCCGAGACAACAAUCAACUACAACAAAACGUACCAUAAUUAUCAAAGCAACUGUUUGUAAGACUACAGCAACACCCGGCUGAGGAAACAAAAAAAAAACAUAAAAACUAAAAAAACAAACAAACAAAACAAAAAAAAAAAAGAAAA